AUGGAGUCUCAGUGGUGUUACCAGAGCCAGUACUCCUGUGACGACACAUGCAGCGGUAAGAGCCAAUGGAAAGACUCCCACUUUCCCAGCUGUGGAGGAUUACGCCAAUCACCAAUUAACAUCGUCACCAGCAAAGUGCACGUCAACAGCGCCCUGCCACCCUUCGAAUUCAUCGGUUACACCAACACAAUCAACAUUACAGUGAAAAAUAAAGGACACUCUGCUCACUUUACUCUGCCGCAGUCAGUGCGACUGACUGGAGGAGCUCUGCCCGGUCAAUACAGAGCCGCCCAGUUUCACUUCCACUGGGGAGGCGAUGGGAGACCGGGAUCUGAGCACACCAUUGACGGAGAGAGGUUCCCCAUGGAGCUGCAUAUAGUCCACAUCAAGGAGCCUUACGGCUGUCUGGCAGAGGCAGAACAUGAUAUGGCGGGUAUAGCUCUGCUUGCCUUCCUGUUUGAGGAAGCAGCAGAUGAUCAUCCUUAUUUGGACACAGUAAUAGCUGCUUUGGGCCGAGUACAAAACAAUGGCAGCAGCACAGUGAUCCCAAACUUUCGACUUAGUGACAUCCUCCCAUCAGCGAAGGACCUCCAUAGAUACUACCGCUAUGUGGGCUCCAUGACAACUCCAGGAUGUGAACAGGCAGUCGCCUGGACACUGUUUCACAGGACCCUGUCCAUCAGCAGUCGACAGCUGUAUGCAAUAGCUCAGCAGUGUCGAUUCUGGACGGGAAAGCCCAUGACUGACAUCUUCAGACCUACGCAGCCUCUGGACGGCAGAGUUGUGUAUCAGUCCAAGGCGAGUGGCACUCUGACGAGUGCAGUCCACUUGUGGUACGGUGUUUUCUCAGCUGUGCUCGGGACAACGGGUCUAAUACACUGA